UGUGCGGGGAAGGGGCGUCGCCUGGGCGGGACUGGAGGGGCAGUCUCAGGUGUUGCGGCUCCUUUGUUGGAGGCCCAGUUUCUGAUCCAACCCGGAGCUGUUUCUGCGACUGCGGGUUCUGGGGUAGGGGCAGUCUCUGGGCCUGGGGGCCGCUGAGGCGCUGUCCCUGACGAGGACGCGUCCGCUCCUCUCUGUCGCACGUGUCCUGGCUCUCCGCACCUCUCCAGCCCCUACACCGGGGCCUCCGUCUGCUCCCAGCCCGAAUCGGGUGUCCUGAGUAGCUUGAGGACACGGGGCUGGGCAGGUGCCAAGAACCCGCCGCCUCGCUCCCUCCUCCCGCUUCUCGCCGCCCAGGGCCACCUCGCCAGGUUAAGCCACUCGGCACCCGAAGCGAGGAGCCUCCGGCGGCCUACGCGCGGUCGUCUGCCCUGCUUGCGCCCACGGCUUCUGCUCCAAUUGCUUUCCCAACCGAACAGAAAAGUUGGGGGCGUGUUGCCGGGUCCCAGGGAAGCAGGGUGCUUGGGCACUGUGCCUGAAGGCCGCCGCUGCGCCUUCCCGCCCACGGGCCAUCCGGUCACGGUCCCUGAAGCCCCAGCCUGCCAGACCGGAGCCCACACUGACGUCAAGGGACACUAGGUUCCCUAGGAGCCGCCCCAGGCUUAAUGAUUGUCCAGAAGGUGGCUAUAAAGGGAGCCUGGGAGGCUGGGCGGAGGAGGGAGCAGAAACCGCCUAACUCAGCAGAUCGGAGCCCCGGGAGAGCCGCAGGCAGGCGCCGUGCUCAGAGGCACCGCGUCCCGGCGGCAGGGCCGGCUCCCCCCCGCCAUGGCGGCGCGUGGCUACAGCUAUUACCGCUCUGUGAUCUUCUCGGCCAUGUUUGGCGGCUACAGCCUGUACUACUUCAACCGCAAGACCUUCUCCUUUGUCAUGCCGUCGUUGGUGGAGGAGAUCCCCCUGGACAAGGAUGCCCUGGGGCUCAUCACCAGCAGCCAGUCGGCAGCCUACGCCAUCAGCAAGUUCGUGAGUGGGGUGCUGUCUGACCGGAUGAGUGCCCGCUGGCUCUUCUCUUCCGGGCUGCUCCUGGUCGGCCUGGUCAACGUUGUCUUCUCCUGGAGCUCCACAGUACCUGUCUUCGCUGCUCUCUGGUUCCUCAAUGGCCUCGCACAGGGGCUGGGCUGGCCCCCAUGUGGCAAGGUCCUGAGGAAGUGGUUCGAGCCAUCUCAGUUUGGUACUUGGUGGGCCAUCCUAUCAACCAGCAUGAACCUGGCUGGAGGGCUGGGCCCCAUCCUGGCGACCAUCCUCGCCCAGAGCUACAGCUGGCGCAGCACACUGGCCCUGUCCGGGGCACUGUGCGUGGUUGUCUCCUUCCUUUGUCUCCUGCUCAUCUACAAUGAACCUGCUGAUGUUGGACUCCGCAACCUGGACCCCACCCCCUCCAAGGGCAAGAAGGGCUCCUUGAAGGAGGAGAGUACCUUACAGGAUCUGCUGCUGUCCCCCUACCUGUGGGUGCUCUCCACUGGCUACCUCGUGGUGUUUGGAGUAAAGACAUGCUGUACCGACUGGGGCCAGUUCUUCCUUAUCCAGGAGAAAGGACAGUCAGCCCUCGUGGGGAGCUCCUACAUGAGUGCCCUGGAGGUUGGGGGCCUUGUAGGCAGCAUCGCAGCUGGCUACCUGUCAGACCGGGCCAUGGCAAAGGCAGGGCUGUCCGUCUACGGGAACCCCCGCCAUGGCCUGCUACUGCUCAUGAUGGCUGGCAUGACAGUGUCCAUGUACCUCUUCCGGGUAACUGUGACCAGUGACUCCCACAAGCUCUGGAUCCUGGUGCUGGGAGCUGUAUUUGGUUUCUCCUCUUACGGUCCCAUUGCCUUGUUUGGAGUUAUAGCCAACGAGAGCGCCCCCCCUAACUUGUGUGGCACCUCCCAUGCCAUUGUGGGGCUCAUGGCCAAUGUGGGCGGCUUUCUGGCUGGGUUGCCCUUCAGCAGCAUUGCCAAGCACUACAGCUGGAGCACAGCCUUCUGGGUGGCUGAAGUGAUCUGUGCGGCCAGCACAGGUGCCUUCUUCCUCCUACGAAACAUCCGCACCAAGAUGGGCCGAGCGCCCAAGAAGGCUGAGUGAAGACAGCGCAGGCUCUGAGCAUCCCGUCCCACCUGUGGCCUUUCCCCUCCACGAGGCGGGGGAGGGAGAGAGGGAGCUGCUCUGGCUAGCACUGAAUCUUUGACUUUCCCCUUCUGCGCCAUUUCCCUUGGUGGUGCUGGAAGUUCAGUGGCUAAUGAGGUCCCAGCUCCCCAUCCAAUUUCUAUUUAAAAGACAACCUUUGUUCUUGGACUUCAUUAGCUCCUAUUUCCUGCCUUCAAACAGGAAACCCCUGCACUCAGGGAGUCUCCUGGGCCCUGCCCUAUCCGCAUCCCACCCCAUCCCCACCUGAGGUGAGGCUUCUCCUGCAGCAGCAGGGCAGCAGUGGGCCAUGAUGUCUGCCCGAACGCUCUCAGCAGGGGGCAACUGCUACUGCCCAUACUUUGGACAGCAGGGGAAGAGGGGAGAUACCACUCUCACCAAUACCCUGGGUACAGUAGAGGGUAUGGGUGGGAGGAUACAAAGACUUGUCAUAGAAAACUAAAACUAGAUUUGAUACUAAACACUGUUACUAAUUCUUUCAAAAGGGGUAAUACAAGCCAGAGAUGGCUUUCUUUGGGAAAUACUCCCUUAAAACCUGCUUCUUCCACCCAAGAGAGAGAGACUUCAUUUCCCUGGAAUGGGAAUGCUGAGGUAUGGAUGGACUCCUUUAAGCUCAUGUCUCCCCUGCCUUCAACUUCACACUGUUUAAAUCAGUGAAUGUUUUGGAGAUGAAGCUACUGGGUUUCAGGCGGGUUAAAUAACUUGAUGGAGGGAGACAACAGAACACCCACUGACAGUGUAGUCAGAAAGCCUGGGUUCCAACCCAGUCUGCUGAUAACUAGAUUAAGACUUUGAGGCAGAGUUUGUACCUUACUAAAUCUCAUCUGUAAUAGACACAGAAUGUACAUCCCCAUUCCCCCUCCAAGGUAAGGGCGAGGAUUUAAUGAGAUAAAGCAGUAAAAACCCAGCUGUAAGCACUUGAUAAAUGUUCCAUCAUCAUUUUCAUUGUCAUCAUCACCACCACACCCACCCCCUAGGAAGUCAGGAGCAAUUCUGGAACUAGGUCCAAGGCUCUUGAUUCAAAGUCCCAUGUUCAUUCAUUCACUUAAUGAACACAUAUUUGUUUUGUUUUCUACUAGAACAUAGUUAUCUCAUCUUCCCAGAAUUCCCUUAACAUUCCUGUCUCCCAUCCUGAGUCUUUCCCCCCAAACCAUCAAUUAGGAUAGCAAACACUGAGAUCAAAGGAAUGUUUAUUACAGAAUUUAUGGGCCUACCUCCUUCAUAAAUAAUCUGUACAGAGUUGGGAAGUAGGACCAUGAUAGACACAGGAGAGAAGAGAGCAUGGUAUUAAGGCUCAGGGAUCAGUACACGUUCAGGCUCAGCAUCCUCCCGUUUUCAAGUGCACUAGCAAGGCUGCUGGGACCUCUAUCCGAGUGGAAACAGCACAGCCCCUGCAGCAGGAUGUCUCAGAUUUUGAGGGGCCUACUGCAGGUUCAGCCUAUGACCCAGGUCCAAAAGUUCCAGCCUUCUCUGCCACCUCCAGGGCUAACUUCAGGUUCUGGUCAAACAGCUCACACCUAGGCCGGCCCCAGGAGGCACAAAUAAGGACAAAGUGUGAGGCCUGAGGCUCUCUCCACUUUGGGUGCAGAAGCAGAGCCAGUGGAAAUUCUGCUUGAAGAAGGACAUGAACCCCAAGGGAAGUCUUUGGUUUUCAAAAAAAAUAAAUAACUAAAAGGCUA